AUGCCUUGGCAAAAGAUCAACCAUGAGUUUACUCACCCUCAACUGGACUAUAACUCCAAACCCAACUUCCAGCCCUGUAUCAAAGUCUCCGUUUUCUUCAAGAAGAUUGAUUCAAUCGACUACGAUACGUUCUUCGGGCACUGGCAGACCGUCCAUGCUGAUUUAGCUGUUGCCACGCAUGCUUUCCGAGACCACAUCGUUCGAUAUGCACAACACCAUCAAACCCCGGAAAUGAAGGACAGGGCCAAGAGCUUAGGAGAAGGAUUGCUAGACUAUGACGGUUGUGCGCAGCUUUGGGUCAAGACGUGGGAUGACUGGCUGGCGUUUUACAACAGCAAAGAGUAUGCUGCAGCAUUGAGCGAUGACUGCAACAGGCUCAUGGCAUUGCCCAUGACAUACAUGAUGGGCUAUGAGAAUUUAGUUGUAGGAGAUGCGCCUCGGUCACUUGGUGGUAAGGAUGGGAUGGAUAUCAAGACUCUGAAAUAG